CGAGAGGAUGAUUCCCGGGAUGAUCAUUGGGAAUGAUCGCAGCGGAGAGAGAUCUGAGGAGAAGAGGCAUACACGAUGGAUUCCAGAUUACCGAUAAAAGUUCAAGAAAAUAUAAAUGAUUUGGGAUCACUUGCUAGGCAUAUAGUAAGAUCAUCCAAGAGUACUGAGCAAAUUGUUCAAUCAGCCAGGAGUUUUGCAGCUCAGGAGCAAACCAUUAACAAUUCUGAAAAAAACUUAGAGAAGAUAAAAAUACAAGUUUCUCAUCUAGAAUUCCAAGAGGAAGCUAUAGAAAGGAGCUUGGAUGUAUUUGACACUUUAGAAGAUCAGCUUCAGACAUUACAAAGAUGAUGCAGAAAGUGACAUCAUGCCUAGGAGUCUUGCCAUUGGUUGAGCCAACAAUACUGUAUUUCAAUGUCCAAUUAAAAUGUUUGUAUAUAUUUUGAUAGAUGGUUGUACAAUACCAUACGUAUCCCACAAAUAGAGAAAUUCCCUGAAGAGUAAACAAGACAUUGAACAAACAUACCAAAUUAUUUAAGAUAAUAUAUUUUAAAGAAAUGAGUUUAAACACCAAAGAAGGUAAAAGAAAUCAAGUCAAUUUUCCACAGGGAGAAUUUACAAAUUGCUAGACAAAAUGAUUGCAUUUCCUCUUCAUGUCAUCUUUCUUAUAUUCAGGUGUACUAUUAUAUUGUAUGUAAAUAUGCUCCACAAAUUUACAGAUAAAGUUUGUAAAUAAAAUAAAAUUUGUCGGUGUGAUAUUUUUGAUAUAUUUUCUACUACAGGUGGGUGGAUAAAAACAUCGAACUAUAAAUAAUAAAAGUGAAUUUUAAAGAUGGGCAAGCGUGGGGCUAAUAAAGGUGGUUUCAGGGCCAUAAAAUUAGUUUCAGCCUGGGUAGGCCCACCCUGCUACAGCACGCAGAUUUUUUAUGAUUUAUUUAUUAAUUUGGAAAUGGCAAAAUGAGCUCUGAAACAACUUUAAAAAUGUACUCAAUAGGUCCUCAAUAUUCACUCUUCAUGUCUGGUUGGCCAGAUCUAAACUCAUAAAUGACUGUCCCCAUAAUCUUGAAUCAAGCCAACUAAAAAUAGGUUUUUAUCAUUCAUGUUUGCAACAACAAUGUGAAUGUGAGAUGGUUACUAAAUAAGUAAAGAACUCAAAAUUAUAAACAAAAUCUUUAUUAAACAUGGAAGCUUUUGAAGUGUGUGUAUGCUAGCUAAAUAUGAUAUCUUUGUUUAAAUCAAUAAUAAAGAAAAUGCCAUCAGUAGCUGUACAAUCAACAUUACUACCAUUGUGUCUGUUACUUAAGAUGUUAAUUCAAUAAAAAAAAAAAAGUAAAUACAUUUUUUCCCAUCAUUUCUUUAGCUCUACAGUAUAAGAUUGUUCUUUUGGUUUAAAAGUUAACUAUUUAAUUUUUGAAUAUUCUACCCAAAAUAAAUUACAAUAGAAUAAAGAUGAA